AUGCUGAGACAAGUAUCAUCGAUAAAGCGCGCAUUUACCAGCCGCCGGUGGCUUUCCUCGACACCUGCACCAAAAGUAAAUCCGGCCAUCCUAGCAAACAUAAAGGCAUCCGAUCGAUACAGACCGGGCAAUCGGUACAAUGGGUUUGUUUGCACCCAGGCACAGUAUAUUGCCGAUUUCAACAUGACCGCGUACAUGUUCCAGCACGAGAAAACCGGCCUCCAGUAUCUGCACAUUGACCGGCAGGACACGAACAACGUGUUUUCGAUCAAUUUCCGCACAACCCCGUUCGAUUCGACUGGACUGCCGCACAUCCUGGAGCAUAAUGUGUUGUGCGGGUCGCAAAAGUUCCCCGUGCGUGAUCCGUUCUUCAAGAUGUUGAACCGUAGCUUGGCUACGUUCAUGAACGCUAUGACCGGGCCCGAUUAUACCCUGUACCCGUUUAGCUCGACGAACGAGAUUGAUUACCGUAAUCUGCAAACCAUUUACAUGGAUGCAGCCUUUCGGCCAAAUCUAAAGUAUCUGGACUUUCUGCAGGAAGGCUGGCGGUUGGAGCAUGCCGUGCUGAACAACCCAAAAUCGGAGUACGUAUUUAAGGGCGUCGUGUACAACGAAAUGAAGGGUGCUUUCUCGGAGAACUCGGCCAUUUUUGGGCAGAAGUUUUUCAACAAAAUCUUACCGGACCAUACGUACGGGUACGUGUCGGGUGGUGAUCCGCUUGAUAUACCGCAGCUGAAGCACGAUGAUUUGGUUAACUUCCACCGGAAGUACUACCAUCCAAGCAAUGCACGCAUUUUUAGCUACGGUUGCUUUAAUCUCGACAAAACGAUGGCAUUUGUGGAUGAGCAGUACCUGCGAGAUUUCGAGCGUAUCGAUACCCGGUACAGUGUGAUACCGGUCCAGAAACGUUGGACCAGUGCGAGGAAAGAUCAUGUACGGUGUCGGUAUGAUAGUAUGGGUGCACCGCUAGAGAAGCAAAAUCAAAUCGCGAUCGGUUACCUGAUGACGGAUAUAACCAAUGUGUACGAAACGUUUCUUGUGCACAUUCUAACGGAACUGCUGGUAAAGGGACCGAACUCAUUCUUCUACAAAAGUCUCAUCGAACCGAAUAUUUCCGGUGGAUAUAACCAACUGACCGGGUUUGAUUCGCACAUCCGCGAUACAAUGUUUGUGGUGGGACUGCAGGACCUAGCGGUCGAUGACUUUGAACGGGUUUCGAGCAUAUUCGACCGAACGGUGGAAGAAGUCAUCGAAAAAGGAUUUGAUCGCGCACACAUCGAAAGUGUGCUGCACAGCAUCGAACUGUCGAUGAAGCAUCAGACGAGCAAGUUCGGGCUUGGAUUGCUGUUUAAUCUUACCCCGCUGUGGAACCACGAUGGCGAUUUGGUGCGCGCAAUGAACGUUAGCGAAUCGGUGCGAAUGUUGCGUGAAAAUCUAGCCAACAAUCCAAAGUAUCUACAGAACAAAGUGGAAUACUAUUUCCGUAACAACAAGCACAGGCUUACGAUGACGAUGUCACCGGACGAAAAUUACGAGAAGCAUUUUGCGGAUGCGGAAAGGAAGAAUUUGGAGCAAAAAAUCACACAACUGAACGAAACGGACAAGGAACGGAUCUAUCGGGAAGGGAUCGAGCUGUCCGAAUCGCAGAAAGCGCACCCGAACACGGACAUUCUGCCCUGCUUGCGAUUGAACGAAAUUGAGAAAAAAGUUCCGGAAACGAACGUCGAACAGCAGCUCGUAACGAACGUUCCGACACAGCUGUGCCGUGUCGACACGAACGGUGUCGUGUACUUCCGUGGCAUACUGGAUGUAAAUGGGCUUACGACGGAACAGAAACUGUUGCUUCCACUCUUCAACACGAUCGUUACCCAGUUCGGCACCAAAGGUAUCGAUUACCGGGCGUUCGAUCAGCUGAUCAGUUCCAAGACGGCCGGUAUCGGAUUUUCCACCCAUCUGGUAGAGAACGUGCACAAUAUGCAACAGUACGAGUUUGGCAUGUACUUCGGUACGUACGCGCUGGACAAAAACGUACCGGACAUGUUUGACAUCUUCCGGCGUAUUUUCAACGAGCUCGAACUGACGGACGUGACCCGGUUUGAGAUGUUGCUGGAAAAUUAUCUGUCCGAGAUGUCGGUCGGUAUUGCACAGUCAGGCCACAUGUAUGCGAUGCAGAACGCUAACGGUUUGGUAACGGAAGCGGGCCGACUACGAGAACGGCUAAUGGGCAUUGAGCAUUUAGCAUUUAUGAAGGAUCUAACGCAGCGCCAUACGGCCGAAGAAAUCCUUCAUAAAUGUCGUUCGAUUACGAAACUUUUUGAAGAAUCGGGCAUGCGGUGUGCACUCAACUUUACCCCCGCAUCGGAAGAAUCGACCGUGCAGAACUAUCGCAAGUUUGUCGAUAGUAUUGCGCUUCGCAGUACGGCUAAAGUUUGGAACGUUUCGGAACCGAUCGGACAAUCGUCCGCUUGUGGCCGGCAUACGAUCAUGAACAUUCCGGUUAACUAUUGCGCCAAGUCGAUCGUUACCGUGCCCUACACGCACCGACACUAUGCACCGUUGAAAGUACUUGCCAAAUAUUUGUCGGCAAAAUAUUUGCUGCCCGUAGUGCGGGAACAAAAUGGAGCUUAUGGAGCGGGUGCUAAAAUUACAUCAGACGGUUUGUUUAAUUUCUUCAGCUAUCGGGAUCCCAAUUCACGCACCACGCUGAAUGUGUUUGAUGAUGCAUACGGCUGGAAUGUAAAAACAGUACCAAGCAUGGAUGAACAAACACUGUUCGAAGCGAAGCUGGGUGUCUUGCAGCAGCUGGACGUUCCGAUUGCACCGCUCGAGCGUGGUAUGGAUCUGUUUCGGCAAGGUAUUUCCGAUGAGCUGUUUGGAAAGCACCGAGCUUCAGUGCUGGAUGUGAGCAAGGAGCUGUUGCUUGAGGUGAAUGAACACUAUCUGAAACCGGGAGCCGUAAAGGUGAUUGGAAAGUCGGUACUUGGGCCCGAAAAUAAAACCCUUGCGAAGGAUGGUGAAACGUGGACAACGUUUGCAUUGUAA